GACCAGAGCGAAUCCGCAGAGGGUGCUGACCGCUUGGGCCCUCUCGUGCAGGUCAGCCACCACGCAGCCGUCCCGCGCCAGAGCCUUCCAGCACCGCCGAGGCAAAAGCGUGGCGGUGGGACCACAAAGGCUAAGGUCGGGGCUUGGAUUCUGGUGUCUCUGCCUAGGUUGCUUGGAUGGGGGGCGCCCUGGUGUGGAUGCUGUUGUUGCCGCUGCUGCUGCAGGAUCCCGGCAGCCAAGGAUUGUCAUGCAACGUGUCCUCGUGGGACGUGGACUGGACCACAGAGUUCACAGCCACAUGCCUGAAUUUCAGCGGCCAAGGCCUGAGCCUGCCCCGGAACCAGUCUCUGCAGGCCAGGAACGUGGUCCUUCUUGACCUGUCUGGGAAUGGUCUUCAAGAGCUACCACUGCCCUUCUUUGCCCUCCUGGGAAAGCUGGAGGUCCUAGAUGUGACAAACAACCCACUGGACCGAGUGGACAGGGCACUGGCCAUGCGCUGUAAACUUGACCUGAAGGCUGACUGUAGCUGUGUCCUAGAAUCCUGGCACCAGGUCAGACGGGACAACUGCUCUGGCCAGCUGCCUCUGCUGUGCCUGGACACAGCUACUGGCGCCUGGCACAAUACCUCUACCUUCCUGGAGGUUAGCUGCCCCCCUGGCCUGUCCGUGAUGACCAUCGGGGCACUGGUGGCUGCUUGUAGCCUGCUCCUUGGGCUCACCAUUGCUGGCCUAGUGCUGGCCUGGAGACUUCGGGGACGCUGGAUGGUCAGCAGCCACGACCUGGACAAAACAUGGGCUGCUCAGGAUGGUUCCAGGUCUGGCUUGGGCAAGCAGCCGAGGUAUAGUAGCCGAGGCCUCAGCCCUAAGCCCCCAGAGGCUGUCCUGCCCAGACCCUCCACACCCGACUAUGAGAAUGUGUUCGUGGGCCAGCCAGCUACCAGGCACCAGUGGGCCGAACAGGGGGCCCACCCAUCAGAGGAUAGCGACUUCUACAUGAAUUAUGAGGGCCUCAACCGUGCCUCCCAGCCUGUCUACUGCAAUCUACGGUCGCUGGACCGAGCCCCACUGGACGAAGAGGAGUAUGUGAUCCCCGGGCACUGAGUCUUUGAUGCCCUGAACUCACACCUGCUGCCUUCCGGCUGACUGGGAGCAAUUCUGGCUCUUCCCUGGCCUCCGUUUUCCCACCUGAGGAAUGGGGACAGAGAAGGACCGUCCCUAAAGCCCCAGGGAGGCUCUGUAGCUCCCUCUCCAGCCCCCCGCUCUGCUUCUCACCUCCCGCAGCUGCUGGAAGGGGAAGAGGAGAGGCCCUGGUAUGGGGACAGGAGGGUCAGUUUGUGAAUGCCAUUGUCACCCUCCUGGGAGAGUACUGGACGUGCUCAAUAAAUACUGCAGGGCUGACAAGG